CAGAAGGCGGGAUUUGUUUACCGAUCCAGGAAGUAGUACAUGUAAAUGAUUAUAGUUUCUCUUGAUCACCACCAAAAUAUGAUAAUCACAUCAGCAAGACACAAAAAACUGUAGAUGUACAUAAUUUUCCAGCUGUGAUGAUAUUCUCCAAACUCUGACUUAUAUCACAGACGCGUCAUGGAGUUUCCAGAAGGUUUUAACCAACUGGAGCUGUUAGAAAGCCACGGCCACAUGAUCCCUGUGGGGACAGAGAGCACCUGGGACGAGGACGAGGAGGACAGCGAGGAUGAGGAUGAUGAAGGCCAGCAGAGUGAGGAGUGGUACCAGGAGCAGGAACUGAAAUGGAAAGAUGAUCCAGUGGGGCUGAUGCUGUGGGCUGCUGAGAAGAACCGAUUAUCCACAGUGGAGCGUCUGGCUGCAUGCGAUCCAUCCCUCAUUAAUUGCUAUGACGACGACGGUUACACGCCCCUCCACCGCGCCUCCUACAAUGGCCACGCCCCCGUGGUGUCAUUCCUCCUGGACUCAGGCGCUGAUCUUCAUGCCAGGACGGUGGACGGCUGGACGCCUCUGCACAGCGCCUCCUGCUGGGGACACGCUGCAAUCGUGUCCUGCCUCCUGCGUCGGGGAUCAGAGGUCAAUGCCGUGACAAACAGUCAGCUCACGGCUCUGCAGCUGGCGGCGGGAAACCCCGCAUCUCCACAAACCCUGGAGCUUCUCCUGACACGGCGCACCCUGCAGGCCGGACUGAGGAACGCUGCCGGGGAGACGGCAUACGACAUUGCGGUUCGGAAAACCGCACACUCCGGCCUGUUCGAGAUCAUAGAGCCGUGCAACAACGUCGACUGAGGGACGGGUUCUGGACACAAACUGUGGCAAACAGCGAGAGAUCCUGAAGGGAUGCCCUUUUCUACAUACACUAUAUAGCCAAAAGUAUUUGAACCCCUGACCUUUGUGUGAUCUGCUUUUCUGUUGCGACUCUCGUAACAGUGCCGAUGGAAAGUCCUGUAAUAAACACACUGGAAUAAAAACUUUACGUUUCUCA